AUGCUGGUUUGGCAGCAGGACUCCUGGGUCCCUGGUGGCUGCUCCCGCCUCCGCGUGCGUGGGGAGGAGGCGGCGUUGGGGGAGGGGGGCUGUUCGCACCCAGAUCGGGGCCUUUCGCCGGGCUGCGGCUGCAUCGCGGAGCUGCUGCGGGCUCCGUGCGGGGGGCGCGGGACGUGCGGGGCCGGGGGAUUUUCGCCUCUCCUGCCGCGGGGGGGCCGGGGGCCCGGAGCAGCCCCCCGGGAUGGAGGCUUGGGGGGGCUGCAGAGCGGCUGGCGGGGGCCCGGCGGGCGGAGGCGGGCGCUGAGGUGCCGAUUCAUCGUGUUUAUCCCUUACUUCCCCCCACCAGGUGACCUGGGAGCCCAAGACCCCGCCGGACGCCCUGCCGCAGCAGGGAUCCCCCCCCGCCUCAUGGAGAACAGCCACGAACUACAGCGCCCGCUGCUGGCCAAACCCUCCGGGGGCGCCCUGGCUGGGGUGGCGCAGCGGGAACACCUCGGCUUCUUCUCUCGGCCCGGCUGGAGGCGCCUGCCCCCGCCACCCCCCGAGCUGGCCCAGCAGCUGCUGGACGCAGGGACCCUGCAGAGGACAGUGGAGCCGCUGGGCAGCCCCGAGCCGGCCCCCCCCCCGGGCUCCACAUGGAAGACCGGGGAGCCCCCCAGCUGGAGGAAGCAGGGGUACUGCGAGACAGCUUUUGGGGAGCCGGCCGAGCGCCCCAAGAAGCUCUGCCUGGAGAAGGACAUUCACACGGUCUGCUGCGAAGUGGGGGACGGAGAGCUGCUGCCUGAGUUCGAGAACGACUCGGCGAGCGAGAGUGAGAGCGACAGCGACUUCGGCCUGAUGCUGCCGCAGGAUCACCUGGGCCUGGCCGUGUUCUCCAUGCUCUGCUGCUUCUGGCCCCUGGGCAUCGCCGCCUUCCACCUGUCCCAGAAGACCAACAAGGCCUCGGCGGAGGGCGAUUUCCCGGGGGCGCGGGCGGCCUCGCGUCGGACCUUCGCGCUGGCCGUGCUCUCCAUCCUGCUCGGUGUCUGCACCUACAUUGGGGCCGUGGUGGUGCUCAUCGCUUACCUGUCCGACAAGGGCCCCCCCUAGCGCCCCCGGGGGACGGACAGACGGGGGCCGGCCCAGCUGCCGCGGGCUCCCUGCACACGCCCGAGCCCAGCGCCGCGGGGAUGGAGGCCAGCAGAGAGAAUUGGACUAGCAGUUCCCUCCCCCGCCACCAGAGACAUGGGCCCGGACGCCUGGGUUCACCAGGAGCAGGGUUUGGGAGCUUGGUUCGUGGUGACCGACCAGACCCACUUCCUUCCUUCCUCCUUCACUGCACCCCCAAACUGUAUCCCCAUUUUGUAUGUCCCCCGCCCCCCAGCCUUCCACUCAGGGUUGCGAUCAGUCCAACGGGGGCGCCCUACCCAGUAAAGGCCCCAUCCACUUUGCCCGCAUCUGCUGGGCAGCAAGGGGUCAGCCCCAGCGGGGAGGGGAAGGGUUAAUGCCCCAGGCGGGGGUGCUGCUUUCCCACUGCCCCCAGGGGGUGUAGGCCCAUAGAGAGGCCGUGGGUUAUCUCCUGGAGCCAGGGGGCUGGGAGCAGGACUCCUGGGUUCAAUCCCUAGCUUCAGGGGAGAGAGGUCUAGUGGGUUACAGGGUGGAGGCUGGAAGCCAGGACACCUGGGUUCAAUCCACAGCUGGGGGGUUAGGGCUAGUGGGUUACAGGAGGGGGAAGAGCUGGAAGCCAGGACACCUGGGUUCUAUCCCUGGCUGUGGAAGGGGCAUGGGGUCCUGUGGUUAGAGCAGGGGGGGUUGAGGAGCCAGGACUCCUGUGUUCUCUACCCGACUCCCUGUCUGACCUCAGCAAAUCCCUCCCCCUCUUGGUGCCUCAGUUUCUCCCUCCAACCCCAUGACAUCCUCACGGUUGAGACAAUUCAUCCUCAAACGAAGCAGGAUGCAGCCGCUUCCAUCCUGCGGCAGCCAAGUAAGUCCCCCGCGCUCUCCGCUGUGGGGGGAUGCAGCCGUGGUCCUGCCCCACUGGCUGCAGGCUCUCCCGUCGGGCCCAGAGCGUCUGAGCGGCCCUGCAGCUCCACCCCAGCUUGGUGGGCCCUCACCAGCCCUGCUCUGGCUUUUUCAGUGAAAGCCUUAAAUGUUCCCUUGAUCCCCGCUCACGCGGAAAACUUCCCCAGGAGACGGCGUGGCUGGCUGGCUCACCAGCUCUGCUCUGACGGCAAACCGCGAAGAUCCACCCCACCCCGGUGCUCCCCCAUCCCACUCCUCCCUCCCCGCUCACCGGAGAUCGGGAGAGAGACAGCGAAGCCCCUGCUCAGCCAGGGGAAAUAGUGGCUUGGUGCCGGCUGGUGCUUUCAAGAGGCACGGCUGGGUGGGUUUAACGGGUCUGCUCGCACGGUACAGCAGCGCUGAGCUUGAGCAAACGGGGCCAGGCCCCCAGCGGCUGGGAAUCAGCGUCGCUCCCGUUGGAGUCAAUGGGGCCAGGCCCCCAGCGGCUGUGAGUCAGCAGCAGAAAGCAAAUUAGAGCAGCUGAACUGCGCUCAGAAGCUAGUCUAGGUUCACACUAGUGUCAGCAGGAGAAUUUGGCCCUAAAUUGGUUCAGGCUGGUGCCACUCCCAGGAUAGCAGCCCCCCCACCCCGCCCCUCUCAGGCCAGGUUUUCUAAACCCCGCACCCCACAGAAAGCUUGGGGUUAAAAACCUGUCUGCUGCAUUUGAGCCAACCCUUCCCUUCCCACUGCGACAGCCCAGCCCUGGGCCAGAGCGGGGUGCCCGGCCUGCAGGGCGCACCCGGCCCCCCAGCGCAUUUCAGGAGGCCCCUGGGCCGCGCACGGACCCCAGCGCAUUUCGGGAGGCCCCUGGGCCGGCUUCAACACAAUCUACUCACAGCCGAUUCCUUAGCGCUUGGUGGUCACGUUUACAGCAGUUUAGGUCACGCACGAGUGCGUAAACAGCCAAGAUUAGACAAAGAACCCAGCUAAACACACAUGAAACAAGCAGAACUUGAAAUACACGUGCCCCACUCGAGAUGGCUGCAUCUCAGUGCAGAGUGAGGGAUCCAUGUAUGAACAGCCCGUGCCCCACUCCACCCCAGAGGCAGCUGCAUCUAAGCAUUGGGUGAGGGGUCCCUGCACAAAGUCCCCGUGCCCCACCCCAGAGGUGGCUGCAUCUCAGCUCCCGGAGACAGGUCCCUGUAUCUACAAUGCUGUAGCAACUGGAAGAGCAUUAACCUUCGCAGCACCCCUGAAAACAGCAGGGGGGAUUGCGAGCGGAGAACUGCUCCAGACAGAUUUUUCAAACCCAGGCAGCAGAUUGAGCCUGCCCCCCCACCGCAGAAAUUAACUGGAGUCACGCGGCUAAAUCCACUGGGCAGAUGUGAAAUGUCACGGCCCAGCUGGCUGGGUUGUUUCAGUGCAGAGCCCCAGGGUGGGGGCCGGGGGCCGGCUUUGCUUUUCGGCCAGCCCAGGCUGAGUCCUGCUGGGCUGGGCCUGGACCACUUGUGGCUCAUGGGUCCGACACCCCCACCGUGGCUGGGAAAGAUGGGGCAGGGCUGCGGGGAGUCGAGCUGGGGGUGCUGCUCUCAGCCUGGCGGGACAGCGGCUGGGGUCUAGCCUGAGCCCAACACCCCCACGAGUUAUUAAGUCAUGCAGAUCUCUCUCCACUGCCUGCUGGGGGUUUUCGGGGUGGGGGGGUUUGCCACAAGGUGCGAGCAUAAAAGAAUAAAUCCCGUUCCCCGCAGCCAGUCACGUCACUGGCUGGGCUUGGGGAGCGUGAGGAAUGGGCCAUUGGGGUGCAACUUCAUUUUUCGCUACAGGGCCUGAGGAACGGGGGUGUUCAGCAGGGUCCCCCCAGCCUGCACCGAGGGGCCGCGCCCGGGCUGGGAGGGUCAGGGGGCGUGGUGUGAAAGUGGGAGG